AUGGCGGCAAAAGACGUCGAUGCCGAGAUACAGCAGCCUCAACUGCCUGGGCACGGCACCUCCCAGCAGAGAGAGGCAGAGGUAUCCAAGGACACUCAAGACCAUCAUGUUGACGCGCCGGCCAAGUUUCAGCAUACUUGGCGCAUCUUGACGAUUUGCGCUGUUCUCUCAUUGCUGACCCUCAACUCGGGCAUCGACGCGACGGUCAUCACGACGUCGCUGCCAACAAUCACGCGCGAGAUUGGCGGCGCAAGCGAGUACGUUUGGGUCGCCCAGUCGUAUCUAUUCGCCUGCACGAUCCCGCAGCCUCUAUAUGGCCAGAUUGCAAACAUUUUCGGGCGUCGUCGGCCUCUGUUCGUUGCCAUGGCGCUGUUUGCCAUCGGGAGCGGCAUCGCCGGCGGCGCACACAACGUCGGCAUGCUCAUCUGCGGCCGUGUCAUCCAAGGAUUCGGCACUGGCGGCAUCAAUGUCCUCCCCGAGAUACUGAUUUGCGAUCUGCUUCCGCCCCGGCAUCGCGGACCGUAUCUGAGUGUCAUGCUCUCGACGGCUGCCCUUGGUAGCACCAUUGGCCCCAUCAUCGGCGGUGCCUUGGCCGAGGUGAACUGGCGAUGGGUGUUCUGGCUGAAUCUACCAGUGUCUGGAGCGUCUGCCUUGGUCAUAUUUUUUCUCUUGCAGGUCAAAACCCGGCGCCGUCAGACGUGGCGCGCCGCCCUCGCUCGCGUGGAUUUCUUGGGCAAUGCCAUCUUCAUGCCGUCCAUGACCAGUCUAUUCUUCGGCCUCAUCAUGGGCGGCACGCCUGGCUACGAAUGGGGCUCAUGGCGAGUCGUUAUGCCCAUCGUAUUGGGCGUCGUUGGCUGGGCCGUCUUCCACGUCCAUCAGGCCUCUCGGUUUUGUGCCGAACCUACCAUGCCUCCCCGGAUCUUCAAAAAGUCUACGGCAGUCAUGGCCUUCAUCAUCAUUUUUCUCGCAUCAAUCAUCGUACAAGCCGUCAGUACCUUUCUACCAAUCUACUUUCAGGCUGUCAAGGACGCAACGCCACUCGAGUCGGGCAUCUGCUUCCUGGCCUUUGCCGUCGCCCUCGUGGUAUUUGGCAGUACAGCAGCAGGUACCUUGUCUAAAACAGGGAAAUACAAACCCUUGCACUGGGCCGGCUUCGCCAUCAUGACCAUCGGUCUUGGACUGUUUUCCACUCUGGACAGGGACUCUAGUCGCGGCAAAUGGAUCGGUUACCAGAUUAUUGCUGCUUGCGGAGCGGGUUUCAUCUUCACCGCCUCGCUGCCCUCGGCGCUCGCAUCACUCGCAGAAAAGGAUGUAGCGACGGCUACCAGUGCCUUUGCAUUUGUGAGAGCCCUUGGGCUGGUUUGGGGCGUUACCAUGUCCGCCAUUGUCUUCAAUGACCAGGUAAACCAUAACCUGCACUACGUGGAUGACGCCAACAUGCGACAAUUGCUGACAGACGGCCGUGCCUAUACAUUCACGUCUGGUUCUGAGAAUGGCGACCUAUCAAUCGCAAAGUUGCCAGAGCCCACCAGGGGACAGGUAAUUCACGUAUAUGUGAGCUCAUUAAGAGUCAUUUGGCUCAUGUUGGUUGGCAUCGCGGGAUUGGGCCUCGUCGCCGCCUCUUUUUUGAGACAUGUGGACCUACGGACAAAUCACCAGACGGAAUUUGGUCUUGCUGAGGCUCCUGGUGAAGAUUCGUCCGUUUCUAGAACAGAAAAUGGUCUUGUCCGGGGUGAAGACGCGACUGUACAUGAUGAGAAGACUGCAGCGAAGUAG